AACUUGAUUUUCCUCAACAACAUUACUUUCUUUUGUAAAUGUGGUUUCUAGAAAGAUGAAACUAUUAAAACUUACAGGUUUUAUUUUUUUCUUGUUUUUUUUGCCUGAAUCCCUAACCCUGCCCACACAACCUCGGGAUGUAGAGAACUUCAAUAGUACUCAAAAAUUUAUAGAAGAGAAUAUUGAAUACAUCACCAUCAUUGCAUUUGCUCAGUAUGUUCAGGAAGCAACCUUUGAAGAAAUGGAAAAGCUGGUGAAAGACAUGGUAGAAUACAAAGACAGAUGUAUGGCUGACAAGACGCUCCCAGAGUGUUCAAAAUUACCUAAUAAUGUUUUACAGGAAAAAAUAUGCGCUAUGGAGGGGCUGCCACAAAAGUAUAAUUUCUCACACUGCUGCAGUAAGGUUGAUGCUCAAAGAAGACUCUGUUUCUUCUAUAACAAGAAAUCUGAUGUGGGAUUUCUGCCUCCUUUCCCUACCCUGGAUCCCGAAGAGAAAUGCCAGGCUUAUGAAAGUAACAGAGAAUCCCUUUUAAAUCACUUUUUAUAUGAAGUUGCCAGAAGGAACCCAUUUGUCUUCGCCCCUACACUUCUAACUGUUGCUGCUCAUUUUGAGGAGGUGGCCAAAUCAUGUUGUGAAGAACAAAACAAAGUCAACUGCUUUCAAACAAGGGCAAUACCUGUCACACAAUAUUUAAAAGCAUUUUCUUCUUAUCAAAAACAUGUCUGUGGGGCACUUUUGAAAUUUGGAACCAAAGUUGUACACUUUAUAUAUAUUGCGAUACUCAGUCAAAAAUUCCCCAAGAUUGAAUUUAAGGAGCUUAUUUCUCUUGUAGAAGAUGUUUCUUCCAACUAUGAUGGAUGCUGUGAAGGGGAUGUUGUGCAGUGCAUCCGUGACACGAGCAAGGUUAUGAACCAUAUUUGUUCAAAACAAGAUUCUAUCUCCAGCAAAAUCAAAGAGUGCUGUGAAAAGAAAAUACUAGAGCGCGGCCAGUGCAUAAUUAACUCAAACAAAGAUGAUAGACCAAAGGAUUUAUCUCUAAGAGAAGGAAAAUUUACUGACAGUGAAAAUGUGUGUCAAGAACGAGAUGCUGAUCCAGACACCUUCUUUGCGAAGUUUACUUUUGAAUACUCAAGGAGACAUCCAGACCUGUCUAUACCAGAGCUUUUAAGAAUUGUUCAAAUAUAUAAAGAUCUCCUGAGAAAUUGCUGCAACACAGAAAACCCUCCAGGUUGUUACCGUUACGCGGAAGACAAAUUCAAUGAGACAACUGAGAAAAGCCUCAAGAUGGUACAACAAGAAUGUAAACAUUUCCAGAAUUUGGGGAAGGAUGGUUUGAAAUACCAUUACCUCAUCAGGCUCACGAAGAUAGCUCCCCAACUCUCCACUGAAGAACUGGUGUCUCUUGGUGAGAAAAUGGUGACAGCUUUCACUACUUGCUGCACGUUAAGUGAAGAGUUUGCCUGUGUUGAUAAUUUGGCAGAUUUAGUUUUUGGAGAGUUAUGUGGAGUAAAUGAAAAUCGAACUAUCAACCCUGCUGUGGACCACUGCUGUAAAACAAACUUUGCCUUCAGAAGGCCCUGCUUUGAGAGUUUGAAAGCUGAUAAAACAUAUGUGCCACCACCUUUCUCUCAAGAUUUAUUUACCUUUCACGCAGACAUGUGUCAAUCUCAGAAUGAGGAGCUUCAGAGGAAGACAGACAGGUUUCUUGUCAACUUAGUGAAGCUGAAGCAUGAACUCACAGAUGAGGAUCUGCAGUCUUUGUUUACAAAUUUCGCAAAUGUAGUGGAUAAGUGCUGCAAAGCAGAGAGUCCUGAAGUCUGCUUUAAUGAAGAGAGUCCAAAAAUUGGCAACUGAAGCCAGCUGCUGGAGAUAUGUAAAGAAAAAAGCACCAAAGGUACAGUUAUGAAACAUCUAGAAGUCAUCCAUUCUUGUAUAGACUUACUCUCCUGACAUGUCUACUUGCUAUGAAACAGCUGUUUAGUCAUGUUGCCAAGAAGAAAAGAAGACAGAAUGCCUCUAGAUAAAGAAAUGCUAUUCCUAUGUCAACUUGCUAUGCAAAGUGUGGACUGUGGACCAGCAGCCUGUGCGUCACCUGGCAGCUUGUUGGAAAUGCAGAAUCUGAAGCUCUCAUCUAGACCUACUAAACAGACUUCACUUUAACAAUAUAUCCGGGCAAGUCAUAUAGUCAUUAAAAUUUGAGAAGUAUGAUCUAGCAUAGAUAUUACUUCAUAAUAAAUGUUUAAUGUUUCAGUUACUAUUGCUGCAUAGCAAAACACCCCAAAAUUUAGUGACUUAAAAUGACAACUACCAUUUUAUUGUGAGGAAUUCAGGAAAGGCUCAUUUGGGUGUCUGGCUUAUGAUCUUUCAUGUGGGUGCAGUCAGACAAUGUCUGGAUCUGGGACUCUGGGGGACUGAAGCACCUGGUCACUGGUCUGACAUCUUUUUUUCUUCUUAUACAAUCUCAGGGCCUCUCUAUGUAAUCUUGCUGCUAGGCUAGUUUGGGCUUCCCAAAGCCUGGUAGCCUGAGGUCAGUUGGACUGCUUACACAUGGCCGAUGGCUUCAAAAAGGAGUACUCUAGUGGAGAGAGCACAAGUUGCUUGGCUUUUCUGAUCUAGCCUUAGAAGUCACUUCUCCCAUGCUCUAUUUGUUGAAACACUGUAAAACAUCAUCAGUUUGAAGGAGACAGUAUAUACACCUUACCUCUUCAUGGGAGGAUGUCAAAGUCUCUCUGUAAGAAGAGCAUGGUAUAGGAGAUAUUGUUGUAGCCACCUUUGCAAAAUACAGUUGACACACUUAAUAUUUAUAACUAUUGCCUUUACUCCUUUAUUGUGUAGAUGUAAAUCAGUGAUUAAUUCCAGGUUAAAGGUACUUUUUGGCAUGCUCAAUAGCCGUCUUUACUUUACAGGAGGAGGUAGAGUACCAGAUGGCUUUUCCAAAAGGCAUGCUGAAAAUUAUUAGUAGUUUGAUAAAGAUUCUGAUGAAUUCCUCAAGGCUAAAUGCAGUGCUGAAUUUUCCCUUGUCAUCUUCUUUGAUCUUCCUCCAAAGCCCAUUAGAAUGUUGCCUAUUUUAAAAGUUGAGUUCUUCGUAUCAUAAAUUAAAUAUUGUGUCUAAAGAGUUUCUGGCAUAUGCUACAUACUCAAUGAUUGCAGGUAUUUUCAUUAAACCUAUUUAUAUAUAUUUCUUACCUCCUUCUCCUUUCUUUCCCUGGUGAACUGCAAUUCCUUUAGAAGCCAAUUCUGAAUUUCUAGGCAGAACAGUCGUAUUUUUCUUUCGGUUUCAAACUAAUUUAAACCCCAAAACCAGUAUUCAUGCACAGACUUAUUAUAUUCCAUUACCUAGCAUUUCUAAAUAAUGACUUUUUUUUUUACAAAGGUGAGCUUUUUAGAUAACUUACACUAUUUUAAGUUACAAGGUUUUCGUAAUCUUAAUUUUUUUCAGUGGAAAUUUUUUGCUAAAUGUUUAAUAUGCACCUAUAAUGCUAAGCAUAAGCAGAUGCUCAUAAGCUAGGGAUUCUUUUUUCUUCCUCAUUUUGUGAUGUUUAUAGCCUUGCUGCUGGCAGGGUGUCUGUACCUAGUGGCGUUUGCUCCUUUCUCAGAGAAAAUUACAUAAUAGAUUGCAUAAACAUUCUAUCUAUGAUCAGAGAAUGUGAUCUAUGAGGGAAAGCCUCAGAGACUCUCUUAUGAAGAAGUGAAUACAUUUGCUUGUUUUUGAUUUUGAAUGAGUAUGAUACAACAAAAUAAUAAUAAAUUAUAAAAUAUAAUUAAAUUGUAUUUAAUAAUAUUCAUUAAAUAAAAAUAUUAUUAUCAUGCCAGUUUUAUGGUUUGAAUAUCACCUUUGCAUGCAUUUUCUAACUUGUUUUUGAAAACCUCACUGUAAGGUACAGUUACUCAUAGUAAAAACAAUAUGUGAUCAAUAUAAUGUUUUUAACAAAAAUAUGGAGUUGUUCUAAACUUUGGUUUAUUUAUUUAUUUCUUUUUGAGACAGAGUCUGGCUCUAUCGUCCAGGCUGGAGUGCAGUGACAUGGUCUUGGCUCACUGCAACCUCUGCCUCCCGGGUUCAAGUGAUUCUCCUGCCUCAGCCUCCUGAGUAGUUGGGAUUACAGGCAUGCACCACAAUGCCCAGGUUUUUUUUUUUUUUUUUUUUUUUUUUUUUUUUUUUU